CUUAGUAGUCUGUGAAAGUUGUGACUCUUUCCGGCUGAAUCCAUUAUCCAAUAAUUUAUUUGUUUACAUUCAUUAAAUACAGCCUUUUUAUGACUGAAUUUUAAUAGACAGGGCAUUAUGACGGUGAAACCUCGUGUAAAAUUAGAUAAUGAUGAUGACCCAGUCGAAACUAUGUUAAAAAAGGCUGGUUGUCUAGACUUACAUUAUAAAGUUCAGGAAUGCAUUAAUACAACAAAAGAUUGGAGGCAAUGCCAAACCGAAGUAAAUGAUUUUAAAGAUUGCAUUACAAGACAUAAGCAAGAAGAAAUGGCUAAAGCUGGCAGAUAAUAUUUUUUAUCUAUACUAACAAUAGGUGUAUCUAGUUAUAAUAUUUAUAUGUUUCAAAAUUGUUAAAUGUUCUGAUUAACAAUGCACAUGUUUAAUAAUUUAACAAUUUCACACAACUUAGUUAAAAAAAUAGUUUCAUACAAAUGUGUUUUACUGCCAAAGGUUUACUAAUUUUAUUUUAUUUUAAUUAAUAAAAAUAAAAAUUGUGGUGAUGUCAUACAGUCAAUAUAGC